CAUAAAUUAAAGAAGAAAAAGAAGCGAACAAAAUGAGGAGAGAGCUCCUCGACCUCCUGCAUUGGAGCGUCAGACGCCGCACUCUGCGGACCCGCCGGGCUGCAUCUCGUCUGUGUUUUCAGUUUCGAUCCCCUGAGUAGAGAGACGGAGAAGGGCUGCCCUCUGUUUUCUGGCACUUUACCGUCAUGGUAAUCAACACAUGACUGAAUUCUAAGAGGCAUGGAGUCUCAGGAAGGACCGAGCUACAGAUGACUUAUCCGGAAGGAGUCGGUGAUGGGGGAAAUGACUGGCGCAACAGGCGAUCAAGAAGAGGACUCUCCUUUGUAGGAUGGUCAGAGACAAUCUCAGUGGAGCAGAAGUACAGAGCCAAAAAGAGACUGAAGCAGCUGAGACGGCCCCGGAGGAACCUGCAGGCCCCACCGAGCAGCCGCUGAACUCAGCCAGGGGUCAACCGGAGAGCCGGGAGCCGACAGAGAGGCAGCUAAAUCUACUGCUGUGGAGCAAACUGCAGCUGGGCGAAGAGCUCAAAUCCUCAGAUGAGCCUGGAGCCGAAGCUGACGGCUUGCCCUCACACAUCCGUCCGUUCAGCAGCGCAGAGGAGUAUCGCCUGGUGAAACGCACCUACCAGCAGCUUCAGCACGGCGGCUACUACUGGGGCCCGAUGACCAUGGAGGACGCCCACGCAGCACUGUCAGGCGCACCUCUGGGAACCUUCCUCAUCAGGGACAGCGGCCAGUCAGAUGUUUUCUUCACGCUCAGCUACCAGAGCGACGAUGGCCCGACUAGCGUCCGCGUCCAGCUGAAAGACCUCCGGUUCAACCUCUGGGGCAGCCAAAAGACUUUCGCCUCGUUCUUUGCUCUGCUCACCCAUUACACCAGGUCAUCCUGCAAGCUGACGGUGCCUUAUCGCCGGCAGCGCCCGGAGCGCCUGAAGCAGAUGUGCAGGAGGGCUUUGAUACGCACUCAUGGAGCUGAAAACAUAAGCACCUUACCUGGACUCAGCACUCAAAUCAAAGACUAUGUUUGUGAUUAUCCACACUGUAUAUAGACACACGUGUACCUUUCAUUUGCAAAUAUGCCAUUUUCAUUAUUAAAAGUUUGAACAAAAGUUAUAUAUUUAUGUUUUGUGUUUUAAAAAUAACGUGGAGCUUGAUGAUGUUAUUUGCACUCUGUUGGUUGGUACAAAUGAGACAUGUUUUUUAAAGCGAAACAAACCUGCUGCUGUUUAAAGCUGCAUUCAUUGAUGCGAUCCCCACCGAACAAGGUCGGCAAACAUGGUUGGUAGUUGUGUUUUCAGUCCUGUCAGUUAAUUAUCUCCGUAUCUCAGUACAAAAGAGUCAUUUUCUGGAAGUAAUGGGUUAAUUGCCUCAUUACCCUGGGAAGGGAAUUGGCUGUUUUCCUGAGGUUAAGGGGCAUAUGCCCAAUUUCACAGAGAAAGGCGAAGUUUGUUGUUACCAGAAAUGGAUGAGUAACAAACUGAGAGUCGAUGUUGCAGCUACUUUGUCUGUCCUGCUCUGUGCUCAGCUAAAAACUGCAUCGGCUUCAUACAGUCUUUAGAAAGUUACAGAUGCAGUCAAAGGUUCAUUUCAACAGGAAAAUAAAAACAAAAACGUUUAUAUUAAAUGAUUGGUUGUUGAUAAGAGAAAAAUGUAGCGAACACACAACUAUUGUGCAGUUAUCUUGUAAAGCACACUGAUUUGUGAAUAUCUUGAUCAUUUAGCAGGUUACUGCAGUCAGCUGUCUACCUCGCUCUGGUACAGGCCUUGACAAGUGAGGUAGCGAUUUCUGAAUUUUGGAUUUUCACUUGGGCAUGUCAUCUUUCAUCGUUUGAUUUCUGAUAUGGCGUUAUUAACCACUCAUGGAACACUUGAAAUUAAUUGUCGUACAUCUUCUGCCUUACUCUCAACAUCGGGUUGGAUACUGUAUGUGAUGCUUUGUGACAACAUGCUUAUGUUUGAAUAAAUUGAAAUC